GCUUAAUAUUCGUCUGGCCUCACUUCAUACUCCUUAAGGCUCUUCAUCGACGAAAAUGAGGUGGUCUUCGAUCGUGUCAGUAUCGGCGGUCCUAUCGACAACUGCAGCGAUAGUCCCCUCGACACAUGGCGUCCAUGAACAGCGCGAUGUGCACUCCUCCCGAUGGAUGAAGCUGGACCGUGUGAGGCCCGAAGCUAUCCUACCAGUACGGAUCGCUCUGGCGCAGAACAACCUGGACAAGGGCCAUGAAUACCUGAUGGACGUCAGCCACCCCGACUCUCCCAACUAUGGAAAGCACUGGACUGCCGACGACGUGAUCGAUGCGUUCAGGCCAAGCGAUGCGGAUGUCGAAGUCGUCCGGAGCUGGCUUGUGGAGUCUGGGAUUCCCCUUGAGACCAUCACUCAUUCGGAUAAUAAAGCACAUUCCACGCAUCAACCAGCAAGGUCGAGGAGCUCCUGCACACCGAAUACCAUGAAUAUCAAGACCGCCGCACGGGUGGCGUGAUGCCCGCCUGCAACGCCUACCACGUCCCCAAAGACAUCCAACCCCUGAUAGACUACAUCACCCCUGGGAUCAAACUCCUCGCACCCACCGACGAGCUCACAGAGCAAGGCCGCCAAUUCCUGGAGAAGCGUGGGAACCCAGCUUCUCCAGGCUCUGGGUCCGUCCCCAAAGAGUCUGCGCCCAAACGCGCGACGAAAUGGCGCCCGAGCGCAGCGGGACACUCCCUGUUCGCACAUGAAGAGCAUGACCUGUCAGAUUUGAGCACCUGUGAUGUUGCUAUCACGCCUGCGUGCGUGGCAGCGCUUUACCACAUCCCGCCGGCACCAAAGCAUGUGGAUCCGAGCAACACGAUGGGUAUUUUUGAGGCUGAAUUACAGUACUGGGAUCAGGUUGAUCUUGAUUUAUUUUUCACAAAUUUGACGCACUGGAUUCCGAACGGAACUCAUCCGAUUGAUAAUAAUGUUGAUGGUGGCGUAGCACAGACAACGGACUUGUCUGAGGCAGCUAUUGAGUCGAUGCUAGAUCUUGAACUUGCGUACCCAAUCGUAUAUCCUCAAAGUAUCACGGUCUGGAAUGUGGACGACAUCCAUUACCAGACCUGGGAAAAUGACACAUAUACAUGGGGUUUCAAUACUCUGCUCGAUGCCAUUGAUGGCUCUUACUGCACCUACUCAGCGUACGGAGAGACUGGUGACUUGGACAACUGGGAUCCAACGUAUCCUGAUCCAGGUUCGCAGCGUCCGCAAGCAACCCGUCGCGCCUUGGCUAACACCCUCACAGGUCCAGACGGCUACAACGGCACCCUGCAAUGCGGUAUUUUCAAACCCACCAACGUCUUCUCUGUCUCCUACGGCGGGCAAGAAGCCGACGUGCCCAUCGCCUACCAGAAACGCCAAUGCAACGAAUACCUCAAGCUCGGCCUGCAGGGCGUCUCUUUCCUCUUCGCGUCUGGCGAUUCCGGUGUAGGAAACUACCCUGAGCCAUACGGCUACGAUGGCCCCACCGGCUGCCUGGGACCGGAUUACAACAUCUUCAAUCCUACGUGGCCGAAUAACUGCCCGUACAUAACAAACGUAGGUGCGACGAAGGUGUACCCAGGAAAGACGGUUUUCGAGCCUGAGAGUGCGGUAUACGACCCAGCUGGAUUUCCUUAUAACGUCAAUUAUAGCUCAGGCGGCGGUUUCAGCAACGUCUAUCCUAUUCCGGAUUACCAGAAGUCAGCCGUGGCGACCUACUUUGCCGACCACGACCCUGGCUAUCCAUACUACAGCAGUCUCGCACAGCUCGACCCAAGCGACGUCUACGCCCUCCCCAACGUCACCCUCCUGGCUGGAGACACGGGGGGUAUCUACAACCGCAUAGGCCGCGGGAUCCCGGACGUCGCGGCCAACGGUGACAACAUUGCCGUCUGGGUGGGAGGCGAAUUCGGACUCUCGGGGGGGACGAGCGCGUCCACACCCAUCUUCUCGGGGAUCAUCAACCGCAUCAACGAGGAGCGGAUCGCGGCGGGUAAGGGCCCGCUGGGAUUCUUGAACCCAGCGUUGUAUGCCCACCCGGAGAUAUUGAAUGAUAUCACCAAUGGCACGAACGCGGCGUGCAAUGAGGGAGGGUUCAAUGCGGUGAAGGGCUGGGACCCGGUCACGGGGUUGGGGACACCAAAUUUCCCGAAGAUGUUGGCUUUCUUCAUGGGUUUGCCAUAGGGCUUGCGCCCAGCGAAACAACAUUCGGGAGGCUCACUGUGGGCCGUUCUUACAUAGAUGACCGUCGAUACACGAAAUUGGAAACAGUGAACCCUUCCCAA